AAGUGGGCGUCUCUGUCACAUUCAGCAGUUCAUGUUAAACAUGUAACCAGGAAAGAAACACUCAGAGCUCAUCUGAACACACAUCGAGAGCUUCAGAAGAACUGAAUCUACUAACAACAGAGAAGAUCAUUGAAUAAGAGGAGAAUGAAGAUCAUCUGGACUUUCACUCUGCUGAUGAUUCCUGGUGUUGUGAGCUCCAUCAGUGUGACAGGAUAUUCAGGAGGAGGAGUCAUCAUCACAUGCAGAUAUGAUAAAAAUUAUACAGCAAAUGCAAAGUAUUUUUGUAAAGGACAGAAACCAAAUAUACUACAGAAUAAACGGUGCUCUGAUCUCAUCAAGACUGAAGAGAAAGAGAAAUGGGUUUAUGAAGGAAGAUUCUCUCUGUAUGACGACACAAGUGCAGCAGUUUUCAUUGUGACCAUCAGAGAUCUGAGUGAACAGGAUUCUGGGACGUACCAGUGUGCAUCUGAUAUUUCUUUGAGUAAAGAUUCAUACACUGAAGUGAAGCUGAACGUUAUAACAGGUCAAAAAAUCAGUACAGUUACAGGAUAUUCUGGAGGAAACAUCAUUAUAAACUACAAAUAUGACAACAAACCCAAGGAGCCUUUGAUAAACAUCUGUAAAAGUGGAGCAGACCAAUGUUUUAAACCAACAAGCACUAACAGAGCAGCAGAAUGGAAACAUGAUGGACGAUUCACCAUUCAUGACGGCAGUUCUGCAGGUUUUUUGCGUUUCUUCAUUAAAGAGCUGAAUGUGAAUGAUUCUGCAGAAUAUAAAAUUAUGGUUAAAGAUUCUGAAGACCACAGAUUUUUCUCUAAACUGAAUCUGAAUAUUGAGGAUGCUGAUUGUUGUGAGAAGAGCAUCAGUCUAUCAGCUGCUGCAGGAGGAUCUGUGAACAUCAGCUGCAAAUACCCACAAUCCCACAGGGCUCAUGUCAAGUUUGUCUGCAGGAGAUCUGGAUCUGAUCUCUGUGCUGAAGAGACGUCUGUGAAGGAGAACAGAAGAUGGAGCGCUGAGGGACAGAUCCAGCUGUAUGAUGACCGAGAGCAGCAGCUCCUGACGGGAACCAUCAGUCAUGUGACUCAACAACAUUCAGCUGAAUACUGGUGUGGAGUUCAGUCUGAUCAAGGACACAAGAGCUUCAUCACACGAGUCCUCAUCAAUGUUACUGAUAUUCCAAAAACAACUUUACCAACAACAUCAUCACCAUCAUCAUCACCAUCAUCAUCAUCAUCACCAUUAACAUCUGCCUCUUCAUCUUCAUCAUCAGUCAGAAGUUCACUGAUCACAGGAGUUUCCAAAUCAACAGCAGCAGGCUGGUCUCUGAUCAUUCCUCUGGUUCUUCUGGCUCUGAUCAUCACUGGUCUCUUAUUACUGUUUCUCUUUAAGAAGCAUCAGUCUCGAGGCGGUGGUCCGUCAUCUCAGGCUGGAGCAGGAAAACAUGAUCUGGUUUCUGACACUGAUUGUAAUUAUGAGAACAUUAAAGACACUAAGAAGGAAUUACCCACAAACCCCUCUGUUUCUCCUAACUGUGUUUACUCUAUGGUUCAUGAAGCCACUGGUGACUCUCAGAUCUUGAUCUCAUCUGCUGAUGAUCUGAAUUACACUGUGGUGAAUUUCCAGAAGAAAGCAGACUGUCCUGACAGUGUCAGUUUGAGGAAUAAUCAGGAUUACAGUGAAUACGCUGCUGUCAAUCAUCACACUGCCUGAUGAGCCACAGCAGAGAAUCUCAACGAGCUGAAUGCUUUGUUUUAGUGUGUCCACUAGAUGUCUCUGUCAAUUUCUAUUCUCUGAUUAAAUACUUUUGCUGAAAUCUCUCAAAUAAUGCUUUAAAGACAAAGUUGUAAUCUACUGUCCAUGAGUCUUGCACUUUCAUAUGAACAUGUAUUAUCAUCACUUCUCUAUUUAUUAUCUCUCUCUCUCAGAGGAAGUGGGUAUCUCUGUCACAUUCAUCAGUUCAUGUUAAACAUGUAACCAGGUGAAGGAUCCUAAGAUCCUUACAUGCAAAUUAUUAUGUUGUGUUUUAAUUUUGGGUUUGCUUUUAAUUUCAUUUAUAAUAAUUUAUUUACAUAAUCAUUUAAAAAUCAGUUUCUAAUCAUUAGUCAUUUACAUAAUUCAUAUUUAAUUAUUUUUUUGAUUAUUUAAGUAUCAUUUAUUCAUUUAUUCAUAUAUAUUAUUUAUUUAUAUGUUUGUAUAUUUUAUAUUUCUCAUUAUUUUCCUUGCUUAUGCAUUUUCAUUAUUGUUCAGUUCCAUGAUUGUGAGGUUUCAUGAAUUGUUUGGUCUAAGAAAUAGAUAAUGGGGAUGUUUAUGGAAAUUCAAUGUUUAUGAGAUGUUGAAUCCAUUUGAUAUAUCAUUGUUCUUUGAGCUGUACUCCCCAGAUGAAGUUUGAACAUUGAGACAUACUCAACUAAAACUGUUCAAUAAAU